AUGAAGACCUCUCUUUUAGCCGCUGCAUCAGCAGCUUUGGUGGCCACCACUUACGCCGGCGUUCACAGGUUGAAGCUUGAGAAAAUCCCUCUCACAGAGCAGCUAGAGCAUGGUAGCUUCGCUGCGCAAGCAAAGUCGCUUUACCAUAAAUAUGCCGGCCAAAAGGCAAUGGGAUAUCAUCCAGAAUCUCACAGCGAAGAAAUGUUCCGAGAUACCUCUAUCCACACUGAUACUGAUCAUCCUGUCCCUGUGUCUAACUUUUUGAAUGCGCAAUACUUCUCAAAGAUUGCUGUCGGCACUCCACCGCAAGAAUUCAAAGUCGUACUCGACACAGGCUCGUCCAACCUUUGGGUUCCUUCUUCAGAAUGCUCUUCAAUAGCUUGCUUCCUUCACAGUAAAUAUGACUCGUCCGCAUCAUCUACAUACAAGAAGAAUGGAUCGAGUUUUGAAAUUAAGUACGGCUCUGGCGAACUAAGUGGCUUCGUUUCACAAGACACUGUCCAGAUCGGAGACAUCAAGAUCAAAGGUCAAGAUUUCGCCGAGGCUACCUCAGAACCUGGCUUGGCCUUCGCAUUUGGCCAAUUCGAUGGCAUAAUGGGCCUUGGAUAUAACACCAUAAGUGUGAACAAGAUUGUCCCGCCAUUCUAUCAGAUGCUCGAUCAGGGUCUUCUAGAUGAGCCUAUAGUAUCUUUCUAUCUAAGCGACACAAGUAACGAGGGAGACGAGUCUGAAGCUCUAUUUGGAGGUGUCAACAAGGCCCAUUACACUGGCAAAAUGACAAAGAUUCCACUACGAAGGAAGGCUUAUUGGGAGGUCGAUCUCGACGCCCUGACCUUCGGUAAAGAGACUGCUGAGCUUGAAAACACGGGCGUAAUACUCGACACCGGAACAUCAUUGAUUGCUCUCCCAUCCGAUCUUGCGGAGAUCUUGAACUCGCAGAUUGGUGCUAAAAAGAGUUGGUCUGGCCAAUAUACUAUCGAAUGCGAAAAGAAGGACAGCCUUCCAGACAUGACUUUCACCCUUACUGGUCAGAACUUCACGAUUGGUCCGGAAGAUUAUAUCCUAGAGGUUCAGGGCUCUUGUGUGUCAUCCUUCUUUGGCAUGGGUAAGUUCUUGUCCGAUCAACUCUCCUUCCUUGCUGACCCUUUCCCCCCAGAUAUUCCCGAGCCUGUCGGACCGUUAGCGAUCCUCGGUGAUUCUUUCCUCCGCAAAUGGUACUCCGUGUAUGACCUUGGCAGCAACAGCGUCGGACUUGCACUGGCAAAGUAA